UCCGGUCACCUUCGCUGUUUCCACGAGCUGCUCUCACAGGACCCCCUGCAGGAGAAGAAGAAACAGCAUCGGCCUCAGCUACUUGUAGAACAAGAUGGAUCAAAUAAUUACCAGUGUUUUUUCAAUCUGUUGUUAGUGCCAGCAACAAGUAAAUUCGGCAUUUUAAAAUGAAACAACUUCUACAUGUGUAGAUGAGGAGCUGUUAUUCAAGCAUUCUCCGCUAUGUCUGGCGAUAUUCUGCAACGGGUCAGGACCCUUACCUUGAACAUCAACUACUUCACCCGCCUCCCUCGGCCAUGGGACAUCGUACCUACCUCCCUGCAGUGUCCGAGCCCCACGGUCCAGGCCUCACAGGUUCCCAGCCUGUUCCGGGAGCCCUACAUCCUGUCAGGCUACCGUCCGGUCCAACAGAACUGGCGCUGCUACCUCCUCAGUCUAUUCCAGAGACACAAUGAGUCCCUGAAUGUGUGGAGUCAUUUGCUCGCAGGUCCCGUGCUGAUGAUCCGCUGGUGUGCCAAUGCCGGCGCCCUGGGGUACACCUUGGAUAAAUCCUCUCUACCUCUGUGCCUCUUCAUGGUGUCUUGUCUCACCUGUCUGUUCGGCAGUGCUACGGCUCACCUCCUGCAGUCUCACUCUGAACACGCACACUACUUCUUCUUCUGCAUGGACUAUGUUGGUAUAGCCAUGUAUCAGUACGGGUUCUCACUUGGACAUUAUUUCUACGCUUCAGAGGCAACAUGGAGGGAGAGCUGCGUUGGGCCGUUGUAUCUACCCGGAGCUGCUUUCUGUGCGUGGCUCUUCUGUGCCUGCUGCUGUUUCGCCAAGUUCAGGUACAGGCGGCCCUAUCCAGUGCAGCGCAAAUUCUACCAGGUGAUCCCUGCCGCAUUAGCAUACCUGCUGGACAUCAGCCCCGUAGUCCACCGCCUGGUGACCGUCACCUGGACACAAGAGUCCUCGCAGCUCUUACAAGCCCUCCAGAUCGCCUCCUUCCUGCUGGCUGCCCUGUUCUUCUCCUGUCCAAUCCCUGAGCGCUUCUUCCCGGGCCACUGCGACUUCGGGGUCCAGGGUCACCAGAUCUUCCACCUAUGUCUGGCCCUGUGCACAAUCUUCCAGCUGGAGGCGCUGUUCCAGGAGUAUGCCAGACGUAGGGAUACGUUGGUGGCGGUAUUUGGAGAGAGGCAGCUGUGGUGGGCUUGUGUAUCCUUCCCCGCCCUGUUUCUGUGUUGCGUCCUGACAGCAGUCAUCACAAUGAAGCAUGUGAAUGAGAAAUUGGGUAUAAAUAAAUCAAAUGAUAAUAAUAGCAAGGAUAACACUCAUAAAAAGCCAUAAUUGUGUAAACAACCUGUUUAUCUGUGAAGAAUGUUAUAAUUAUUUGAAUUACUUUUAUGAUAAUCACAUAUUGUGCGGUCUGGUUAAGGUCAAAGCUCUGACAUUUUCUGAACGUGUAGCAUUCAGAUUGAGUCGCACCUUUUUGUUUACACGUGGUAUUCGGGACAUGUGGUGUGGGUGGCGGAGGCGUAAACCCUAACCCUGUUCUGUGGUUAGUUGUGAAUGGAUGGAGAGGAAGUGACGGGGGAAGAGUCAGUUUAGCCGUCUAUACGCUUCUAAAGACUUGGAUCUAUUUGGUGAGCCACUAGAUUUACACAAACAAAAUCACUAAAUGCAUGUUAGAUCUCCCUUUUAUGAUUAAUUAACCAGCCGGCACAUCAAGCUAGUUAGUAGUUUUUGCAAGGUUUUCUUUUUUCAAGCAAAGGCUGAAUAAAAUGAUUUACUUGCUGUUAUUUACUUACAGUUUUGGACAAACUUUUACAAGCCAAACAAUAUUUGACAUCUUUAUUGGCCACAGAGUACACAGUACGGCCUGAGGCCAGCAGUGUCACUAUCGAGAAAGACGAAGAGAGAGAGAGUGCAGCUCUGUUUUAUCCCAAUCACUGAGGUGGACGAGUGAAAUGGUGGGAUUUACAUGAGGCGAACAAAGAGGCCAGUUUAACACUGAGGCAGAAGGAGAGACUGCAUGCAAACAAGUUGGCAGGACGGUCCUGCAAAUGGAUAAAAUCCAGAUACAGUACAGUGUGCGUUUUAGUGUGUUAGUGUGUGUGUGUGUGUGUGUGUGCGUGUGUGUGUGUGUGUGUGUGUGUGUGAACACAUAUAAUUGUGAGCACCAGUUUGAGCGUAGAACUUAUGGAGGACAUUUUGACGGGUCCUCAAGUGUAAUUUGCAAUCGAUCCGAUUCUUUUGAGCAGCACUUUGGUUAGAACCAAGGGAACCAAGAUGUUUUGCCCACUUCAGCUGCUCCUUUAAUAAUGGUGCCCAAACCUUGCUGCCCUAAAGCCACGACCCUCCCUCUCAUGUGAAGAGUGAGAACACCAGAUUUCGCUGAGAAGGGAAAGGAGGAGGUGGAACUUCUCUUUAAUAUGACAUCGUCCUGUGCUAUAUUAACAAUAAUUGACAUUAGGUCAAGUAUGUCCUUUCGUGCUCUUAAACCUAAUCCGCAAAUGCAAAAAGAUAUUGGUGGGAUAUCGAACAUCUCUUUACAACAAAAUUAGCAGGUAUAUGCUGUUUACUUAAAUGCAGGUAAAUCCACACAAAAAGGCGAUUUCCUGUUCUGUUGUCAGCAGAGGAGAUGGGAAUAAGAUCUGUUAAUUCCCAUCUCUAGUGCUUUUAGGGUUAGUGUUGAAGGACAUGUGAGGUGCACUAUCCUUUUCUCAGGAUGCUCCCCUUGGUCCAGUUUAUGUAUUAUUGAGUGUUAUAUGCACGUGGUGUCUCAUGUUAUAUAUAAAUAAAACUAAUGAUGAAUUUGUUUUUUAAUGUUUUUUAAAAAUUAACUUUAAUAAAAACCUACCUCUACCCCCA